GUCAUUGUUGUGUGCCGCUCAGAGGCACAGAAGGAGCGGUUGCUAUCACUGAAUAAUGGGGAAGUAUCCGAGCCCAAGGUGAUUGAGACAACAAUGGGAGACGACGGCUCAGUUCAAGCGGCAAAUACCAAUGAGGGCUGUGUGAUUGAUGUGGUGGAUGUGUGUACCAGCGACGAGGAGAUGCGCAGUGCUGAAUACGUCAAUAGCAUUGCCGACAAGCUUAAAGCUCGGUACGGACAUGUUGGCCACAUAGUAACCAUGAACGAUACGCACCAGCUGUGCUGGAGAGCGCUGUGGUCACUUGUAAGUACAGAAGGGUCCUUCCUGUUCCUGCGUAUGAAUGGCCUUGAUUCUGGGCCUACCCCUUUCGCGCUACUUAACGAAGCUAUGGAGGCCGCCAAUGACACAACACAAUCAGUGAAUGAUCUUAAGGUGGCCUUUGACACCUGGAAUGACCACUGCAGUGCGUUAUGUGGGACAGUUGUGGAGAUGAUGGAGUCGGGGUGGAACGGGCUCAGGUUGACUGUUCUCUCACCCGAGCAAUUAAGCCUCACAACCUUCAAUCCGGCAGGUUAAGCUGAUAUCGCUAUUAUUAUAAAAACAAGUGAUUGAUAUAUUUGCGUUCUUGCUGUUGCUAUGCGUUUCUAAAUUUUCCAAAAAAAAAA